GUGCAUGCGCACUAAGCCCGGUUUAAAGGUAACUGGGGGCGCCGUGCGCUCCUCGCCUCGACCCGCCCUCAGUACCGGCACGCCUCUUCCCCCGCGUGAAACGGUCCCGUGUGGGUCCCCUUUUGGUUCCACCCUUUGCCUACCCCGCACGAGGGAGGGGGCGGUGGGUGUCCCGCGGGCCCCCCGCCGCCCGAGGCGGAGGAUGCGCCUCUCUGAUGGCGACGGGGCCCCGCCGGCCCCUGGGCUGCGCAGCCGGUGGCUGUUGCGCCGCGUCGACGGGCGGUAGCAGGUCGAUGAGGAGCAGAGGGCACCAGCCAUGAGGUCCACCGCCUUCCGGGCGGCAGAGCCGCCGCGGGGGGGGACGGGAGGAGGAGGCCACCCCACUGCACCGCCCGCCGCCCCGCCGGCCCCGGGAGCCGCCGCCGCUGGGGGCACACAAGGGCCGCGGCGGCGGAGUGGUGGCGGCGGAGCAGCAACAGCAGCGUUGGGCCGGGCUAGUGCCGCUGGCCAGUGUCAAGCAGGCCGGCGCGGGGGAUGCGGGCGCCCGGCCGCGCUACCAGACGAUGCUGCCCGGGCGCGGCGCCGGGGAGGGUGCGGUGGGGCCGGGAGCGGGACCCACCGAACCGGGUCCUCCUCCGCUACCUCCGCCGCCGCCCGCCGAGGGCAAGUGGAAGAGCGGCUCGCGGCGCGGCGGGAUGGGAGCUGAUGGGGGCUCGCCAGGGCAGGCGGCCUGCCUGCGGCAAAUCCUGCUGCUCCAGCUGGACCUCAUCGAGCAGCAGCAGCAGCAGCUGCAGGCCAAGGAACGACAGAUCGAGGAGCUCAAGGCCGAGCGGGACACGCUCCUUGCGCGCAUUGAACGCAUGGAAAGGCGAGUGCAGCUGGUGAAGAAGGACAGCGAACGGGAGAAGCACUGCAUCUUCCAGGGCUUUGAGGUGGAUGAGAAGCUGGAGGCAGAGGCCUGUGAGAAGCUGCCACUGGAGUGUCCCCAGGACCUGCUGGAGCCUCCCCCAGCCCUGCAGCCCAAACACUUCCCCUAUGGCCGGAAUGGGAAGGGGCACAAAAGGAAGCCGAUGUUUGGGAGUGCGGAGAGAAAGACUCCUGUUAAAAAACUGGUGUCCGAGUUCUCGAAGGUGAAGAGUAAAACUCCGAAGCACUCCCUGGGAAAGGAGGAAUUGGGCAUCUCCUUAUCUGAAACUGUUUGUAAACGAGAACUGCGGAGCCAAGAGACUCUGGAAAAACCCAGAUCGCUCCUGGAGACCCCGCUUCGAGCCUCAGCCCCACCAAAGGGUCCUGGUGCCCAGCCCAAGGAGAAGGGCUUCUUCAGCAGCGAGACAGAUGACCUGCCCUAUCUCUCAACCACAGAAAUGUACUUGUGCCGCUGGCACCAGCCGCCCCCGUCGCCGCUGCCAUUGCGGGAGCCCUCCCCAAAGAAGGAGGAGACUGUAGCAAUUCCAUCUUGGAGGGACCAUGUUGUGGAGCCCCUGAGAGACCCCAACCCCUCAGACCUCCUGGAGAACCUGGACGACAGCGUCUUUUCCAAACGGCAUGCCAAGCUGGAGCUGGAUGAGAAACGAAGGAAAAGGUGGGACAUUCAGCGGAUCAGGGAACAGAGAAUUCUACAGCGGCUGCAGCUCCGAAUGUACAAAAGGAAAGGGAUUCAGGAGUCGGAGCCUGAAGUUACCUCAUUUUUCCCUGAGCCAGAUGAUGGAAUUUUGAGCUGCCCUGGCUGGACGAGCGCAGCCGCUGCCGACUGGAGAUGCAGAAGAAGCAGACACCACACCGGACCUGCCGGAAAUAGUGGAGCUACCGGGAGCUCUGUACACCACUGGGUCAUGCCAAUGGCUGCUGCCUUCUUGUUUGACAAAUGGUUUUGUUCCUCUGCCCCAGCCUUGUUCUCUUGGAUUUUAAAACACGUUCCUUGGACUUGUCCUUCUGUUCUGGCAGACAUGUAACUGGUAGCACCGGGCAGUAGCUGUCUGAGGCUUCCUACCAGCUGCUCCAGUCCUGGAGGCAGUGUGGGCGGAUUCCAGCCCCUCUUGCCCAUCCUUGCUGCUGAUUCAGCUCCAUGUGCUGCCUCUGCCCUCCUGCAGCCAAUGUUUAGUUUAUGUUGGACAUUCAACUUUGAGCUGUGUGUGGGAAUGUGGGGAGCAUGAGCACCAGACCACAGUGCCAGGACUGCUGCUUCACCAGACCCUGUCCCACCAUGGCUCUGCUGCCUCUGUCUCCUUGUUACAUUUAGUUAAAAAAUGGGAUAAACAUCAGUUUAUGUCCAGUUUGUUUUUUGAGAAGUGGCAGCUGGUGCUGCCAGUGGGUCCUGGUGCUGCCAUGGCAAGGAGGGUGGUGCCAGGAGCCCACUUAAGUUUCCCCCCCUCCCUUGAAUGGCUGUAACAGGGUGGGAGAGUUUAAAAACCAUUUUUUUGGUGUGUGAAAUAGAAAUCCUCUAUGUACAAUUUUGUGGGUUUUAAUAUUUUUUUAUAGAUAAUGUUUUGAGGUUGGCAAGCUGUGUGCUGUUACAAGGGGAAGCAGACACUGACACCCCCUUCCUUUCCCCCAACAUCCCCUGUCCUGGCUGAGUCCCCAGGGUACUACUUGAGCCCUGGGAACUGGACCCAGUGCUGCUGGCUUGGGGGGGGGGGGG